AUGGGUGAUAAGAAAGAUACUAUAGAGCGAGCGAUUGAUUAAAAGCGAUGAUAAUAAAAUAAAAUGUGUAAAAUGUAACAGCAUAGUAAAAUGUUGGGAUAGGCUGGAAAAUGUCGUAAAAUAUUAAAACAGUAAUUAAAACAGACUGGACGAUCGGAGCUAACGAUAUAUAGUUGAGAGAGUUGCUUUUCUCGUAAUUUAUUCGUCUUUUAACUGGUAAAUUUUAAGAUAAGUUUGAACUUUUCACGUAACAUUUGAAAAUUCGAAAGAUGGUAAUAAGGCGUUGGUCUGGAUGAGGUUAAGAGACGGCCCUGGGCAUGGUUGCUAGCAACCCUUCCGAACUACGCGCCCGGCCAGUUUCAACGAGGGUGGAGACUGCGCCGUGUUCCGUUGUCGUCUACGUACUGCGUCCGUGCGUGCUCUCGAGGCGAACGCAUCGCGCCUCUUCUCUCCAUUAUUUAUAUACCACGGACGCGUUAGUAGAUGACUAGCAAACGGUCGUCCAAACGGAAUAACCGCUGAUCGUAAAGGGCGAAAAGGGAGAAAAGGGAGAAAAGGGAGAAAAGGAGAUGGUGGAAAUUUGACCAACAGAAAAUUACGAUUAUAAAUAAAUAGCGUAUCGUAAAACUGGCAGAACCAUGUCUACGAGAUCGAAGGAGAAGGUGGUGGCUGCUUUUCGAAAAUUCUUUCGACCCUCGGAGAAGAUCUCGGAGCAAGACGGAGCAAGCAGUUCGACGAGUUCUCCGUCCAGGAGGCUUCUGAGUCGACAUCAUCGCCCGGAUGCGGUCACUCCUACCGAUGCCGCAUUGUCCGACAAUCCCGGCGCUAGCAACUCUAAUCAUGCAAGUUGUUUCUUCAAGUCAAAAAAAUCUACUGCUAAUUCCACGCAGGGAACGGUUGCAAUGCCGAUUAACAGAGUUCGCUUACGUCGUUUAAUGAAGGAACUAAGCGAAAUUCAGAGGACGCAGAAUCGACUGGAGUCAACGUUCACCGCGGAGUUGGUAAACGACAAUUUGUUCGAGUGGCACGUGAGACUGCACAAGAUCGAUCCGGAAAGUGAACUGGCCGCGGACAUGAGGGAGCUCGAUAUACCUUACAUACUUCUCCAUAUGGUGUUUCCCGAGAGUUUCCCGUUCGCUCCGCCUUUUAUGCGCGUUAUUUCGCCAAGAAUCGAGAAAGGCUUCGUUAUGGAAGGCGGCGCGAUCUGUAUGGAGCUUCUCACGCCCAGAGGAUGGGCCAGUGCGUACACGAUCGAAGCUGUUAUCACGCAAUUCGCGGCCAGCAUCGUUAAAGGCCAGGGCCGCGUAGCGAGAAAACCAAAGUCCAGCAAAGAAUUUAACAGACGUUCCGCCGAAGAAUCCUUCAGAAGUCUGGUAAAAACGCACGAGAAGUAUGGUUGGGUUACGCCGCCGCUUACAGAAGGAUAACUCUGCAGACGUUCCGAAGGAGCGGAAGACGUUGUCGUUAUUUAAGAAUUCAUGCUCACAAUCAACAGGUUUCGGACGUGACUUCGGUUUGUAUCAUUACGGCAAACAUUCGAUAAUCGCGCACACGUAAAAACGAUCCUAUUCCUAGAAACUGAGAUUUUGGACGUGCCAAAUUUUUGACUCGUGAUCGAUAAAACCUUUACCAACACCUUUGUCACAUUUUUCUGAUUUGAACGACACCAAAUACCAUUUGGAGCGUAAUUUGGAGCGUAUUUGCUUACUUAGUAAAUGAUAAUUAAAUACAUAUCAAGAAGUAAAUGUAAUUCGAAUUACAUCGUGCGAUUGGCUCAUGGUGAACUCGUAGAACCGUUCCGUUCUCUUUCAGUUCCAUGAUUUUUUUAAUACGUUGUAAAGCGCCACAUUUUUUGAGUAUCCUUUUCCCACACAUAUAACAACCGUCCAUCUCGCUUACUUUCCAAGAUGUUACAAGCUACCGUUGCACACUCCGUUUCUGCUUAUAAUCGUGCGUUCUGUGCCAGCGUAUACAUCGCUAUUGGAUGUCGGUCGUUUACUUGGCGACGGUUCGAUCGAAAGUACCAAGGCAAGCCCAAACCCGAUACAUCCAUGAUAUUCGCUUUUAAUCGAGUUACAAAUUAUAACGGACGUUUCUUGCAUUCCUGCAGCCUUGCAUAUGCCCGUUGUACAGCGGCAACGGACUUGCCAUCUUUCUCAGCAAACGGAGGAAUAAUCGGCCGACAUCCGAUACCGACGUGUACGCUGCCACAGACGCGUAAUUAGAAACAGAAAUACACUGUAGCGAUACCUUACGAUAUCUUGGAAAUAAAGGCGACACCUAAACGGUUAUAUAUACGGAGAGGACGGAUCGGUUCUACGAGUUCGUCGCACUCGUUUUAAUCAGAGACAUCUGUCAAAUACGUUGGCAAAAGUGUCAUUAAGAAAUGGCGAAAAACAAUAAAGUUUCACGUUUGAAUUAGCAUAGCAACUACGGGGAACAUCUUUCUGUACAAUUAUCGAAUGCUUUCUGUACUUUCUUUUCCCGGAAACAAUGUAACUGAGUUAUAAUCGCAUUAAACGUUGCUUUUAUAAAUGACGGAUAACGUGACACGUAGUUGAAAAAGCAAGGUGGAAACGGUAAUGAUAAAGCUCGAGAUCUAGUUACGAAAACCCGUAUUUUACCAAUUCCAUGUCGAAUGGAUUAUCGGUAAAACCAUUAUGAUCCUACUACGAGUAAUAAACAUAACCUAAUGAUAAAUAUUUUAUAACUUUUACCUGGGUAUCUAAAUAUAUUUACAAAUAUUUUUGUUAACUUGUUACCAAAAAAUGUCUCAUCCAGCGAAUUAGUUUCGUUCCAUUGACGUAAGAAUACGUAAGAAUAAGAAUUUAAUGGUAUAGAAGGAAUGUGACAUUCGUUACAAUGAUCGAGUAAUUUCCGUUACCGCAUAAUACAAAAUGUUUAAUACAGCCAUGUUAUUUAUAUUUGUAACAUCUACAGAUUUUUUAAGCGAAAAAGAGAAAACGUAGUCCCUCGAUCCUGUAUUUCUUUGUUUCGACUCUCAUUGCCUUGGACAUGUGAUGCUACAAACACCUGCAUAAAUUUUUAUAUCGCGUCGAUUAACAUUUGUAAAAUAAAAAAAAAAAAAAAAAAAAGAAAA